AUGGGUUGUUCUUCAGGCCGCCAGACCCAAGCCCCAGUCCUUCACCCGGACCUUGACUGCAGCAACAACAGCGAGUCCAACACCUUACCCCAGGACUCUGAGAACCAGAAUCAGGGUUUGAACGGCCUUGGAGAAGGAGGAGACGGGGAAAGGAGCAUUGGAAGAGACAAACCCCCAGAGUCUCUCCCCACGCUGGAGCGACUUGCCCAGGCCACCGGCGGGACAGAGAAGUCCUGGUAUCGCUGCGUGUUUCCGUUUGGCGUGAUAUCACUAGUCAUUGGCAUGGCGGGCACUGGGGUGACGUUCACCUUUAACACGCUGCUCCAGACCAAAGUGGUGUCGGUGGCACUGCUCUGUGCUGGCGUGUUGAUGCUGCUUGUGGCUGCAGUUUGCUGGAGGGCUCACAGACUGAGGAAGAAGAAAAAAAAGGAAAGUGGAUUCUUCACCGCCGAUCACGGCAAUUUCUGA